UUGGCUUUAGGUUGAUUAAUUCCAUCUAUUGUUUCUUGAGAACUCAUUUCGUGAAUAUCGCAUCGCGCAACUAUGAAAGUGUUGGGUGUAGUUUUAUUGUUAGCGGUCGCGGUAUAUGGCGCACCGCCUAAGUCGUUGCAGCAGGCUUUGCUGCAGAAGCGUGCGCCACCUAUUGUAGAUGUUGAGACUCGUAUAAUUGCUGGUGAACCCGUCAAGACAACUCUUGCACCCUACAUUGUGUCCUUGAGUAUUUCUUCAGUGGCCUAUGCACAUAUGUGUGCUGGUACAAUACUUAACAAGGAAUGGGUGUUGACUGCAGCGCAUUGUGUGCAUGAUUUGCAAAAUCUUAACGGGGACGUUGUUGGUCUUCCCAUAUAUGCUGGAAUACAUGAUCGCUCAGAGUUGGAAAAAGCACAAGUGCGUUACAUUGACUUCGCCUUUUCACAUAAACAAUUCAGUGGAGAAGAGGGUUCAGACGACAUUGCUUUGUUGCAUGUAUCACAGCCUUUCUCUUUUGAUGCAAGCGUUAGAUCGAUCGCUUUGCCAUAUCCGAAUGAGAAUUUCGCUGGUGAAUGGUCUACCACAUACGGUUGGGGGCUGAAUAGUACUGAAGCGGUGUCAUAUGAAAAAGAAUUGCAAGUAGCUAGAGCUGAAGUUUUAGAUGCUACUCACUGCUCUGACGCACUGCCCUCCGAUGCACCCGUUGCUCAGAAGGAAAUUUGUGUACGAGUAGCUGCUUGCUUCGGUGAUGGUGGCAGUCCUUUAGUAGUGGAACGUGGGGGUGGAACCGUCGAAUUGAUUGGUAUUACAUCAUGGGGUUAUUUGCCUUGUGGAUACAAUGGACGUCCUACCGUUUACACAGGAGUUUCACCUUACGUGGACUGGAUAGCGGAAGUGCAAUGGGCUUACAGUAUUUUACAUUAAGCUUUAAGUUACGCAAUUCAAUAUAGAAACCAUUAAAUAAAGAAAUAUUUUUAAUCAUUAUCA